AUGAAUGGGUAUGUUCCUGAAGGCUACCAGCUGGUUUGGAAUGAUGAGUUUUCAAGCGGUUCUGAAUUGAAUCCCAAUGAUUGGAAACAUGAAAUCAAGCCCUCUGGAUGGGUAAACAAUGAACUGCAAAAUUAUGUCAAUGGAGAAUACAAUGGCAAACGGGUUACCGAGAUUAAGGACGGAAUGUUGCACAUCACAGCCUUUGAAGAUAACAAUAAAGUAUAUUCGGCCAGAGUAUAUGCCCAUAGUGAGCAAGGAUGGCUAUAUGGAUAUUUCGAAUCGCGAAUAAAACUUCCAAAAGGUAAAGGCACAUGGCCAGCAUUUUGGAUGAUGCCAUCUAACAAUGACUAUACAACCAAUCCCUGGCCCAAAUGUGGAGAAAUAGACAUUUUGGAAGAGGUAGGUGUUUGUCCCAACACAGUUGUGUCAUGUAUUCAUUGUCAGGCACAUAAUCAUUGUAAUCAUACUCAGAUAGGUGAGAGUAAAGACAUUAAAACUGCAGAAACUGAAUUCCAUGUUUAUGGUUGUGAAUGGACAGCUGAUGCUCUGAAAUUCUAUGUUGACGGCGAGUUACUCAUGUCCUAUGAAAAUGAUGGGCAAAACAACCCAGAUACAUGGCCUUUCAACAAACCAUUCUUUAUUAUUCUCAAUCUUGCAUGGGGCGGAUGUUGGGGCGGCAUGCAAGGUGUAGAUGAAUCAGCUCUACCCGUAACGAUGGAAGUCGAUUAUGUCAGAGUGUAUCAAAAAGUUUAA